UCUUUUCUCUCUCUCUAAUGGCAAUGCCAAUUUUCCUUCUCCUUCUUGGGUUUCUUGCUCCAAUCUCCACUUUGUCUUCAAUGGUACAAGAUCCAAAGCUUGUAGUACAACAUGUCCAUAGGAGUAUAAAUGAAUCGAGGAGGAAUAUGGGGUUUUUGUCAUGUGGGACAGGGAAUCCGAUCGACGAUUGUUGGAGAUGUGACAAGGGUUGGGAAAAGAAUCGACAACGGUUAGCUGAUUGUGCAAUCGGGUUUGGAAAACACGCAAUUGGUGGGCGUGAUGGGAAAAUCUACGUUGUGACAGAUUCCAAGAAUGAUGAUCCUGUAAACCCUAAACCAGGGACGUUACGAUAUGGUGUGAUCCAGAACGAGCCCUUAUGGAUCAUAUUUGCACAUGACAUGACCAUAAAACUGAAGGAAGAGCUCAUGAUGAACUCAUUUAAGACCAUUGACGGUCGCGGUGCAGAUGUCCACAUUGCUGGCGGACCAUGCAUCACCAUCCAGUAUGUGACGAACAUCAUUAUACAUGGCGUCAACAUACAUGAUUGUAAGCAAGGUGGGAAUGCAGAUGUUCGGGAUUCUCCUGACCAUUAUGGGUGGCGAACGAUAUCGGACGGUGACGGGAUCUCGAUUUUCGGGGGAAGUCAUGUAUGGGUGGAUCAUUGCUCAUUGGCCAAUUGUCAUGAUGGGUUGAUUGAUGCCAUCCAUGGAUCCACAGCCAUCACCAUAUCGAAUAAUUACAUGACACGUCAUGAUAAGGUCAUGUUAUUGGGGCAUAGUGACUCUUUAAUUCAAGACAAAAAUAUGCAAGUCACAAUUGCAUUUAACCAUUUUGGGGAAGGCCUUGUACAAAGGAUGCCAAGGUAA